AUGGCUUCCACCUCCAAGGAGAGCUACCGCGUCGAGCUCCGAGCAGCCGCCCGCCAGCUCGGCGACCGCUGCCUCUACUCCGCCGCCAAAUGGGCCGCCGAGCUGCUCGUCGGCAUCGAGCCGGACGCCGCCGCGCCGUCCCAGCCGGCGAUGGACACCCCGUCCUCCUCGGGCGCCGGGCCCGGCGGGCGCCUGCUGCACCUGCACCGCAGCGGCGGGUCCAGCUUCCGCCGCCGCAUGCGGCCCGGCGGCGGCGGCGGGUCCGAGGCCGGGACGCCGCUCGGCGGCGUGUCGUACGUCAGCACGCCCAUCCCCGACGACGACGCCUUCGACGCGGGCGCCGACAAGUACCUGCUCGCCAAGACCUACUUCGACUGCCGCGAGUACCGCCGCGCCGCGCACGUCCUGCGCGGCCAUGUUGGGCGCAAGGCCGUCUUCCUGCGCUGCUACGCGCUCUACAUGGCUGGAGAAAAGCGGAAAGAUGAAGAGACAAUAGAGCUUGAAGGAUCUUUGGGGAAGAGCAAUGUUGUUAAUCAGGAACUAGUUGCAUUGGAGAGAGAGCUCUCUACAUAUCGGAGAACUGGUGCUAUUGAUUCGUUUGGCUUGUACUUGUAUGGAAUAGUUCUACGCGAUAAAGGCUGUGAAGGUCUAGCUAGAACUGUUCUGGUGGAAUCUGUCAAUAGCUACCCCUGGAACUGGUGUGCUUGGUUAGAGAUACAAUCUUUGUGCACUACCAGUGAUAUUUUGAACAACUUAAAUCUGAAGAAUCACUGGAUGAAAGAUUUCUUCAUUGCUAGUGCACAUCUGGAGUUAAAGAUGCAUGAAGAAGCUUUGAAAAGAUACGAGCGCUUGAUGGGUGUCUUCCGUUGCAGUGAUUACAUUCAAGCUCAAAUAGCAACUGUUCAGUAUAGCAUGAGGGAACUGGAUGAUGCUGACAUGAUUUUUGAAGAACUCCUCAGAACUGAUCCUUUUCGUGUGGAUUCUAUGGAUAUUUACUCAAAUUUAUUGUAUGCCAAGGAAAGCUUGACUGCUUUGAGUUUCCUUGCUCACAGAGUAUUUUUGACGGAUAAAUAUCGUCCAGAAUCUUGCUGCAUAAUUGCAAAUUACUACAGUUUGAAGGGGCAUCAUGAGAAGUCAGUUUUGUAUUUCCAGAGGGCACUAAAGCUUAACCGCAAGUACCUCUCAGCUUGGACUCUCAUGGGACAUGAGUAUGUUGAGUUGAAAAAUACACCUGCUGCAAUUGAUGCCUACAGGAGAGCUGUUGAUAUAAAUCCGAGGGAUUACCGUGCUUGGUAUGGUCUUGGUCAGAUCUAUGAGAUGAUGGGAAUGCCAUUUUAUGCACUGUACUACUUCCGAAAAUCAUCUCACCUACAACCUAAUGAUGCUCGACUGUGGAUUGCUAUGGCUCAGUGCUAUGAAAGUGACCCACUUCAAAUGAUUGAAGAAGCUAUCAAGUGCUAUGAGAGGGCUGCAAAUAGUAAUGACACUGAAGGAAUAGCACUACAUCAGUUAGCAAAGUUGCACAGUAUGCUUGGGCAAUCUGAGGAGGCUGCAUUUUACUACAAGAAGGAUGUAGAGAGAAUGGAAGUUGAGGAAAGGCAGGGCCAGAACUUUGUCGAAGCCUUGCUUUUCCUUGCAAAGCAUUGCAAGAGCAUCGGCAGGUAUGAGGAAGCAGAACACUAUUGCACAAGACUCUUGGAUUACACCGGCCCUGAAAAGGAGACUGCAAAAAGUAUGUUACAAGGGAUAAAACGAGAGCAAUCGGGAUUUCCAUCAAUGGAUAUUGAUCAUUUUGCAUUGUAAAUUUGACCUGCAGAUAAGUUUUUUGCUUGGGAAACUCGGCCAAGUGUAAAUGUACAAGAGAGAAGUGCAAUCUGCUUCUUUUUUAUCUCCAUCUUGCAUGCAGUGAGGCACGAUACAUUUGAUUUCAAGAGAAAGCUACAAACCAGAGUAUUCAUGGACAAGGAGAGUCGGUUUGUUACUCACCCCACUCCAGCCAGGGAAAAGCUAGCAAGGGCUGCCCACCUGAUGAAACUGGUGUUUCUAAUAACUGGGGCAAAGGAUCUAGCUCCAAUCUUCCCUCACACAGUGAUGCUCAUCGUCUGUAGCCUUGCCAGACGACUCCACAAUUCUGGAGAUGAUGACCUUGUACGCAUGAUGCUCGCUUUGAGUUGCUGGAGAUUGGCAACUAGGAGAACUAGGCGCCUGCAUGGUGCGAAGAUGAGCGUCAUUGGGAUGAUCCAGAUCGCCAAUUCAAGCAGCAUCGUCGAUGGAUUUCUGCCAGGCUUCUAGUUCUGAAUAUCUAUGGCUUUUCUUCACUGGACUGCUUUGGUCUGUGUUGCCCCCCUGCAGUUGCUUGCAUAUAUAAUCUAUUGAGCUUCUUUGGAAGGCUUGCCUUGUCUGGACCCCGGGUGCAUACAUUAUUGCUUAUCUUUACAGUAGUUGCUGUUCACUGUUUAUUAUAACGACAAUAGAGUUUGUUUGCUUACGAAGUAUGGCAUCUCUGCCGUUUGCAA